GAUGAUACCUCCACUCUCAAAGAGCUUGUCGCCGCUUGGAUAAACCAAGAGUUUCAUCCGUCCCCGAUAAUCAAGCCAAAUGACAAGUAUUCACGUGUAUUUGUGAGUGACAUCUGUGGGAAGCUGCUCUGCCCUGCUGAGUGGGACUGGGAUCAGAACAGUGUCAAAGCCGGCAUUCACGACAGGACAUCAGAGUACAUUGUAUCGGAAAACUCGUGGCCUCUGUUUGUAUACGAAAACUAUCAAGUCAACAGUAAUGACCUUGAAGAAGGUUUUCUCAAGUCAAGGCUUCUAGUU